GAAGGGAGACAGUGGGGGGUUUAGAAGGGGUUUUCUUAUCCACUGAAGAAACUCGAGCUUCUAUUCCAUGGCUUCCACAGCCUAUUCUCUCUACUCAAUACCUCACUUCUCCGCUACACGGAGACUACCCCAAAACCCCCGUGCCAAUCCUAAACCAGAAACCACUGAACCACUCGCUGUGUCGCAAAGCCCACAACUUUUGAAGAUUCACACUCUCAAACGGGCAAAGCCUCUUGUUUUGUACGCCGUUUCAGUUUCUAAAGACGAGAUAUUGACUCAAACCCAGGAGGAUAUAUCAAAUUCGCAUAAAAUCUCCAAUGGCUCACUCGCGAUUUUGCCCGAGGAGUCGACCAGGAGAGUUUUCGUGCAAGACCCACCUUGGAUUUCUUCUCUUUUCUUGAGCAACAAUUUGUUCGUUAGGGCUAGGGAGAUCGAACGGGCCAAGCUGAGGAUUCGCGAGACCAACAGGAACAAGUACCGUUUGUUGAAGAGGAGGCAGGUGAAGGCGGAGACUGAGGCAUGGGAGAAGGAGGUUGAGGAGUACAGAGAGCUUCAUAGAGAAAUGUGUGAGAAGAAAUUGGCGCCAAACCUUCCUUAUGUGAAGAAACUCUUCCUCGGGUGGUUUGAGCCCCUGAGAGAUGCCAUAGAGAAGGAGCAGAAGACUCAGAGGACUAAGAAGAACAGGGCUGCUUACUCGCCUUACAUUGACUCUUUGCCGGCUGAUAAAAUGUCCGUCAUUGUGAUGCAUCAGAUGAUGGGGUUGAUGAUGAUGUGUGGCAACGAGAAUAAGUAUGUUCAAGUACUCCAAGCUGCAUUGCAGAUUGGCACUGCAAUUGAGAAUGAAGUUAGAAUUCAUAGUUUCUUGGAGAAAACGAAGCAACUCAAGAGUCAAACAAAUGAAACACCAAAGCAAGAGGAUUUAAGCAGGGAUCCAAUAUGGUUAAGAAAGCGGAUACAAUGGCUGAUUAAAAAGAACAGACUAGUUCAAGUGCAAAAAUUGUUGAAAAACGAAGAAUUUGAGCCUUGGGGUCAAGAAAUAAGGGCUAAGUUGGGAUGCCGUCUUAUAGAAUUAUUAACGGAAACAGCUUAUGUGCAACCUACAAUCAAUCAGUCAGCUGAUAGUCCUCCUGAUAUUCGGCCUGCAUUCAGGCAUUCGAUAAAAAUUACUUCAAAAGGUUUUGGGAAGAAUUUUGUGAGAAGGUAUGGAGUUAUAGAAUGUGACCCCUUGGUUGGUGCUGGACCUGAUACAGUUAAGCACACGGUGAUUCCUUAUAUACCAAUGUUGGUGCCACCAAAAAAAUGGAAAGGGUAUAACAAAGGUGGAUACUUGUUCUUACCCUCAUAUGUGAUGCGUACCCAUGGGUCUAGGCAUCAACAAGUUGCUGUUCAAAAUGCUCCAAAAAAACAAAUGGAGCAAAUAUAUGAGGCCUUGAAUACUUUAGGAAACACAAAAUGGAGAGUAAAUAAAAGAAUACUAAGCGUGGUAGAGAGUAUUUGGGCUGGUGGUGGCAAUAUAGCUGGCAUGGUGGAUCGCAACGAUGUUCCCAUACCAGAGAUAGACUCCAAUGAUAUUGAAGAAGUGCAAAGUUGGAAAUGGCAUGUGAGGAAAGCAAAGAAAAUCAACCGAGAGAGGCAUUCCUUAAGAUGCGAUACUGAGCUGAAACUUUCUGUGGCUCGGAAAAUGAAAGAUGAGGAAGGCUUUUAUUAUCCCCACAAUCUUGAUUUUAGAGGCCGUGCAUACCCUAUGCAUCCCUACUUAAACCACUUGAGUUCUGAUCUCUGUAGAGGAAUCCUUGAGUUUGCUGAAGGACGGCCACUAGGAAAGUCAGGACUACGCUGGCUGAAGAUACAUUUAGCAAAUCUUUUUGCAGGUGGUAUUGAGAAGCUUUCAUAUGAUGCACGCCUGGCAUUUGUCGAAAAUCACCUUGAUGAUAUACUAGAUUCAGCCAACAAUCCUCUCACCGGAAGCCGUUGGUGGUUAAGAGCUGAGGAUCCAUUUCAGUGCUUAGCUGCUUGUAUUAAUCUCUCAGAAGCUCUUAGAAGCUCAUCACCGCAUACUGUCAUCUCCCACUUGCCAAUUCAUCAGGAUGGCUCAUGCAAUGGCCUACAGCACUAUGCAGCAUUGGGAAGAAAUAGUAUGGAGGCAGCAGCUGUCAACUUAGUUGCUGGAGACAAACCUGCCGAUGUUUAUUCUGAAAUUGCUCUAAGGGUUCAUGGUAUUAUAAAAGAAGACAGCCUAAAGGACCCAUCUAGUAAUCCCAAUGCUUUACUAGCCAAACUAAUAAUUGACCAGGUGGACAGGAAAUUGGUGAAACAGACAGUAAUGACUUCUGUAUAUGGUGUUACUUUUAUUGGGGCACGUGAGCAGAUCAAAAGAAGGUUAGAGGAGAAAGGUCUUAUUACUGAUGAUAGGCUUCUUUUCAGAGCUGCUUGCUAUGCUGCUAAGGUGACAUUGUCUGCUCUUGGGGAGUUAUUUCAGGACGCGCGCGGCAUAAUGAAUUGGCUUGGAGAUUGUGCAAUGGUGAUUGCUUCUCAAAAUCAACCCAUUUGUUGGACAACUCCACUGGGUCUUCCUGUUGUGCAGCCAUAUUUUAAAAGUAAAAGACACACAAUAAGAACUUCUCUUCAGAUGUUGUCUUUGAAGUGCUAUGGCGACUCCAUCGAGGUCAGGAAGCAGAGAACAGCAUUUCCUCCAAAUUUUGUGCACUCGCUUGAUGGUUCACACAUGAUGUUGACUGCCAUUGCUUGCAGGGAUGCAGGAUUACAUUUUGCAGGAGUGCAUGAUUCCUUUUGGACACAUGCUUGUGACGUUGACCAGAUGAAUUGUAUACUAAGAGAGAAGUUCGUGGAGUUAUACGAUGUGCCGAUUCUUGAAAAUCUGCUUGAAAGCUUCCAGGCAUCAUUUCCAGCAUUGACUUUCCCCCCUCUACCAGAACGAGGCAAUUUUGAUAUGCGAGAAGUUCUCAAGUCUCCCUAUUUCUUCAACUGAACCGCCGCCAUUCACCAUCAUUGCUGAAAGCCCUUCUGCAAAUAGCAGCAGCUAUUUCUUCUCAGACAUGAAUAGGCACAAGUCACAUAGAAGAAUUGUUGGCUCUUCGCCCAUGCACGAGCUCAAAUUUCUCUCGGUAUGAAGAUCAUGCUCUUUCUUGCAUAGUCUUGUCACUCGGGUGUCUCUCUGCAAAACAAAGUUAGCGCGGCAAAAUUCUUGCUCCACCACACAUGAGAUCUGUAACAUAAAUAUUGGCAUCCCAGCUUCUCUAUUACAGAAACAGAUGGGAAAAGAAGCACAGUAGUACACUGCAGUUCUGCUUCUGGAGCCACCAUUAAAUUUAGAUUAUUGCUAGAAAUAUUUCUUUUAGAUGCUCUAAAGACUAAAGGUACCUCUUUUGGGAACUCUUUAGGUGAUGAAUGUAACAAUAGGGGUAGAAAAUACUUUCUUCCUGAGUGCUGUAAAAAUUUGAAUACAGGCUGAACCUUGUAUAUUGAAAAUUUUGAAGGUAUAAUAAUAUUAAAGGAAAAUUGUAAUUUA